UGACAUUAUUUACAUUUUUAUACUUUGUUAUUUAUUCAGUGACAUUGUAUUUGGUGGUGUGUUUUAUGUCGGGUGAAAUGAGCAAUGCUUGCUGGGUAAUGACGGUCCCGUUGCUCGCUUGAGUGAGUGUACAGCACUGAAAGUAGUGCACUCAAAGAGAACAACGGUGAUUUUUCCAAACAUCACAAGCCGCUCUUAGAGCGAAAAAUUACCACACUGCAGGAUAAUAGUAAUAAAAAAAACUUUUUUAUAGUAGUAGAAUUUCAGAAAUACUAGAAAUAUUUAUUCGGUUAGUACCUCGUUAUGGCCAAGUUGAAAUGAUUGUACGUUCCUUUAUUUUGGAAAUUUGGCUAUUUUAGGUAAACAAACAAAUACGACUAUUUAAAGUUUUGGAAGGGAGUUUUCGCUGACUAAAUAUUUACACAAGUUUUGCCGGUUAUCAUCAAGCUUAAAGUCCUUAUGAAUAUCCCAGCGACUCGCAUCCUUUUUCUUUUUUUUUUUUUAGCAGCGUUAGGAAACGCGUGGAAAACAUUUUGACCAACUUAACACCUUUGACACUGUGAGAAACUCAUUGUUUGUACACGUUUGUCACUUUCAGAAACCCCUUUUACCACCGUGUGAACUCAUUUACUGCUGAGUGGACACCAGGAGCUGCUGUACACACCACCACACCUCCUGCUCCAGCUGUCUUCCCCUGGAUCGGAUGCUACUUUGCAACUAUUGGGACGCGCCCAAUUUUUAACUUUUUGGAUUUUUGGAUUGAAUGGAUUUUGACAAUACAUAAUCUGGAUUUUUUAAAUUGUUGUUUGAAAAGUCAUCUUUGGUGGAGGAAACCAACACUUAAGGAGAAGACCCUUCUUUUCUAUUUUAUUUUAUAUUUCUUUUUUUUUUUUUAAAUUUAAACUAACUUUAAGAAAAGGAUGGAUCAAGCCAGUGGAGGGGAGGAUCCAAACAAGCCCAAUAAAAAGAAGUCUGGAGAGGAUGAGGGCAAGAAUAAAAAACUGAAUAUACACAUUAAAACGUUGGCUGAUGAUAUGCGUGAUCGCAUUACAAGUUUCAGAAAAACAGGAAUGAAGAAGGAAAAGCCCCUCAUCCAACACCCGACAGAUCCCCUCUCUCCUCAGACUGAACUGCCCAUUCCUCAGCCUCUAUUUGACGACCGAUCCAUGAACCUCUCUGAAAAAGAAAUCAAUGACCUCUUUGAGAAAAUGAUGGAGGACAUGAACCUGAAUGAGGAACGCAAAGCUCCUCUGCGUGGAAAGGACCUGAGCACCAAGCGCGAAAUGGUUGUCCAGUACAUCUCAGCCACUGCAAAAUCUAUAACUGGAAGCAAAGUUGCGGGUGGACUGAGAAACAGCAAGCAUGAGUGUACACUUUCGUCCCAAGAAUAUGUCCAUGAACUUCGCUCUGGCAUCACUGAAGAAAAGCUGCUCAACUGCCUGGAGUCCCUCAGAGUGUCCCUCACCAGUAAUCCCGUCAGCUGGGUUAAUAACUUUGGUCAUGAGGGACUUGGCCUUCUUCUGGAUGCUCUGGAGAAGCUCCUGGACAAAAAACAGCAAGAGAACAUCGAUAAACGGAACCAGCAUAAACUCAUCCAGUGCCUCAAGGCGUUUAUGAAUAAUAAGGAUGGACUGCAAAAGAUCUUGGGAGACGAGCGCAGCUUGUUGCUGUUGGCGCGAGCAAUCGAUCCCAGACAAACCAGCAUGAUGACAGAGAUCGUCAAAAUUCUCUCAGCCGUCUGCAUUAUCGGGGAGGAAAACAUCCUAGAUAAGAUUCUGGCUGCGAUGACGAUUGCUGCAGAGAGGAACAAUAAGGAGAGGUUUGCUCCAAUUGUGGAAGGGCUGGAGAACCACGAGGCACAGCAGCUCCAGGUUGCUUGCAUGCAGCUGAUCAACGCCCUGGUAACCUCUCCUGAUGACCUCGACUUCCGGAUACAUCUCCGCAACGAGUUUUUAAGAUGUGGCCUCAAAAAGAUCCUGCCUGAGCUGAAAGAGACAGAGGAGCUCGACAUCCAGCUCAAGGUGUUCAACGAGAACAAGGAGGAGGACUCCAUCGAACUGUCCCAUCGCCUUGAUGACAUCCGGGCUGAGAUGGAUGAUAUGAAUGAAGUGUACCAUCUCCUCUCCAACAUGGUGAAAGACACUGCAUCAGAGGCCUACUUCCUGUCAGUCCUUCAGCACCUAUUGCUCAUCAGAAAUGACUAUUACAUCAGGCCUCAGUACUACAAGGUGAUAGAGGAAUGUGUGGCUCAGAUAGUUCUACACCGCAGUGGGAUGGAUCCGGACUUUGGCUAUAGUAGAAGACUGGAGAUGGACUUCACACACCUAAUUGAUCAGUGUGUGGAUAAAGCCAAAGUUGAAGAGAGUGAACUGAAGGCUGCAGAAUACUCCAAAAAGUUUGAUGAGGAGUUCAGUGCACGACAGGAAGCCCAGGCUGAGUGUCAAAAGUUGGAAGAGAAAAUCAAAGAGUUUCAGACCAAGAUGCAAGCCUUGGAGGCCCAGAUUGCCGCAGGCCCAGCUGCAGCUGGAGCCCCACCUCCACCACCGUUACCUGGGGCUGCAGCGCCUCCACCUCCUCCACCUCCUCCCCCACCCGGUGGAUGCCCCCCACCACCUCCGCCACCUCUCCCUGGCCAGGCCAGCAUUCCCCCGCCGCCGCCACCCCCUCCGCCACCAGGUGGAGGGCCUCCACCACCUCCACCUCCUCCAGGAUGUGGGCCACCACCUCCUCCUCCAUUUGGAGGCCUCGGUGGGCCCCCGCCUCCUCCUUCACUUCCUGUUGUCAAGCUGCCUUAUGGACUGGAGCCGAAGAAGACCUACAAGCCAGAAAACGUGAUGAAGAGGGUCAAUUGGUCUAAGAUAGUGCCUCAGGAAAUGUCAGAGAACUGCUUCUGGAUCAAAGUCAAAGAGGAGAAGUUUGAGAAUCCUGACCUAUUUGCUCAGCUCUCCCUCUGCUUUUCCUCACAGAGUAAAGCAAAGAAAGAUUUUAGUGAUGAAACAGACGACAAAGUACCGCAAUUCAAGAAAAAGGCAAAAGAACUACGCAUCCUGGAUGCCAAGACGGCGCAAAAUCUUUCGAUCUUCUUGGGCUCAUUUCGCCUACCUUAUGAAGAGAUCCGGGACAUAGUGCUGCAAGUGGAUGAGGAGAGGCUGAGCGAGUCACUCAUCCAGAACCUGAUUAAAAACCUGCCUGAGCAGAAAGAACUGAACGCUCUUGCGGAACUAAAGGGUGAAUAUGAAGAACUGGUGGAGUCAGAGCAGUUUGGCAUUGUGAUGAGUUCAGUGAAGCUGCUACGACCCCGCCUCAACGGCAUUUUGUUUAAGCUAACCUUCGAGGAACAGGUGAGCAACAUCCGGCCCGACAUCAUGAAUGUGACGUUCGCCUGCGAGGAGGUCAAGAAGAGUGACAGCUUCAGCAAGUUCCUGGAAUUGGUGCUGCUGGUUGGUAACUACAUGAAUGCUGGAUCAAGAAACGCCCAGACGUUUGGUUUCAACAUCAGCUUCCUUUGCAAGCUACGGGACACUAAAUCCAUCAGUCACAGCACAACACUUCUUCAUUUCCUGGCAGAGAAGUGUGAAGACAGUUACCCAGAGAUCAUGAGAUUUCCCGAUGAACUUGAGCAUGUGGAGAGUGCCAGUAAAGUGUCUGCUGAGAUCUUGAAGGGAAGUUUGACCUCCAUGGAACGCCACAUCCAGAGACUGGAGAGCGACAUUGAAAACUUCCCAAAAACAGAUGACGAGCAAGAUAAGUUUGUGGAAAAGAUGUCCGGCUUCAGUAAGCAUGCUCGGGAGCAGUAUGAAAAACUGUCCACAAUGCACAAGAACAUGCAGAAGCUGUAUGAGAGCAUAGGCAGUUACUUCGCCUUCGACCCCCACUCCGUCAGCGUGGAGGACUUCUUCGGAGAGCUGGCCAACUUCCGCAUGCUCUUUAUGGAAGCUGUGAAGGAGAACCACAAGAAGAGGGAGGUGGAGGAGAAGAUCAAGAGAGCCAAGCUGGCGAAAGAGAAGGCAGAGCGCGAGAAGCAGGAGCGCCAGCAGAAGAAGAAGCAGCUGAUUGACAUGAACAAAGGAGAUGAAACUGGUGUGAUGGACUGCCUGAUGGAAGCUCUACAGUCCGGAGCAGCCUUCCGUGAUAGGCGGAAACGAACACCCCGUAACGGUGAUCAAAGUCCUUCCAGUCCAGCUUCUCGGUGGCCGGGUGCUAACUAUGGUAACAGAACUCUAGACAACCGGCGUGCAGUCCUGGAAAGGUCCCGUUCCCGCCACAACGCAAACUACCAAGCUCGAUGAUAACCCGCGCCUACCACAAGACGCUAGACAAGUGCCAAAGAGGCCUGCGAAGAGGAGACCAGGAGGAGAUCUAACAGACCUCCUUCACUGUGGCACACACACAAACACUCAUAGGACUCACACACAGGCACCAAGUAUGGAACAAAGCUGCCUAUAGAGGACACACGGAAGUGACGCCGCAGACUUUCAGUGUUUAUUCACAGCCUUACGUAUUUAUUUCUCAUUUGUGCUGUUGAUUUACAGAUGCAAACAUUUAACACUUCUCUUUUUAAAUGCAUGAAAAUCCAUUUUAUCUUAAUGACUUAAUCUUGCUUUAAGGAUAAAACCACACUCAGCACGCAGUUUUGACAUGAAUCAUUCUACGUGACAUUGGACUGAAAAUAGACAUUUUGCAACCAGAGACUGUUAAUUAAAGGACGGCAGCCGUCUCUUAAUUGGGAGACGUGUCGACAGGCCUUCAACCUGCUGACGUCUUCCAGGAUCUCUUCACUGAAGAGGAAGCACUGGUUCCUUUUGGGUUUUCACCAGUUCUCUCUUCAAGACGCUUUUCAGUACCAAUUAUUUUCCUGGACUCAUAGCAGUGAACAAAGGGUGCAUUUUAAGAUGUUUUAAGUUAUAUUUACUGUUAACACAAGAGAGUGAGGUGUUUGAGAUUUUUUUAAAGCUCCUACCAUCAUGGAGGAUCACAAUAAGACUCAAAGUUCCACUUUUACAAGUAUUACAACACAUUCAUUCGUAUUGAUUUGUAUAAUUAAAGUCUUUCAAAUUGAAAAAAUCACUCCAGCCACAAAUGGUCUGAUCACAGUUUUGUGGAGGAAAUUUUAACCCAGGCUCUGUCCAAAUUCCAACCCCAAGUCCUGACGACUAAAAAAACGAUAUAGUGUGAGACUGUCGAGAUUUUAAAAGCAGUUCAGACCCAACGCUCGCCGUGAUGUCACCGAUUUCACAAAAUGAAAAUCUAAUCAAUACGAACAUUUAAUGACGACUGUUUAUGAACCACUGUGUUCUGAUGAUGAAAAUAUGGAUGGUUUAUUAAAAAAAAUCACAUUUAAACAUUUUUUUUUUUUUUGCAAAAAUUGUUCGACUGCAAUGCAUUGUGGUCUAUAUGUGCUAAUGUAGUGAGCAUCGAUCCACACUGGUGAAAAAAAAAUUUGUAGGGCACUCAACUUUGGAGUUGUACAUUCGGGCAGCAACGCACUAUAUAGAGAGUAGUGAAGGAAUGCAGAGAUAGCCUCAAUUUUCGUCUCUUUUUUUCCUUGAAAUUAAAUCAAAUAAGCUCAUAGGGAAAAAUGUCGAACUCCUGUUGUUUGACUAAAUAAACUAACAAAACUUUCACCAUAAUCGAUGUGAAACAUGAAGAAGGAAAAUUGUAAGCUUCUGGAUUUCAUGCUACACUGUUGCUUCACUAGUGCAUGGACUCACAGCUGGAAGAGGCUUGGUGCAAAUGUGGAAGUGGUGAAAAUCCAGCAAAUCUUACUCACGACUUGUUCUUUCAAAGCUCUAUUCCAACGUAUGAAAGAUUUGGUGUCUUAAAAUACAUUUAAUUUCUCCUUUAUUAACCAUUUUCAAAUUCCAUGAAUUGAAAGGGACACCAUCCAUACAUCACUCCCAAAUCCAAGACCCCGACUGGUCAAAGUUCAGCUGGUUUAACUUUCAACACACGUUGAAUGGAUACACGUUUUAUAUGAAAGGGUAACCAAACAGAGAAGUUGGAGGCUGACUCCACCCACAGCUGAAACUGGAAAAUCACAAAAUUCAACUGUAAUACCUCCAUUCAAACUGUAGGGGGCAACACACAGACUUUUUUGACUAUAUUUUCCAGAAUUAUCAAGUUUAUUCUAAUUUGUCAACAGACAGCACUUUUAAAACCCCAUUUAUAGAGUUCAAAAGCCAAAAAAAGUUGAUAUAGGAUUUGGUUACCAGUUAAAAAUUUGCAUAGCAACACAUGAACACGACAGUUUUUAACACUGAAGCCCUAAACGCUCCCACAUUUACACACUUUUUCAGUGGGCCGGUGUGAACGUAGUAUUACAACACAUUCAUUUGUGUACCUUUUUAUUCAUUUUAAUAAUAAAUGUGUUAAAAGUUAGGGAGAAAAAACAUGAAUGACCCAAUUACAGUUUGUGGAAGAACUUUUACUCCUCUUCCUAUUUGUUGAAAUUGAAUCAAAUGAGCUCUGAGAGAAAAAUGUGGAGCUCGUGUUGUAUGACUCCAUACAAACUUACAAAACUUUCAUCAUAAUAGACGUGAAACAUGAAGAAGGAAAAUCCUUACUUGUUGAAAGGCUGCUGACUGUUAAAGAGACGACAAACGUUUUUGUUAAAAACAGGGACUUUAUCACCGUUUUUUUUUUAUUUUUUUUGUGAAAUAAGUAUUCAUAUAUUUCUGCUUACAGCAGGCCUGUCCCCUCGCCGCCCCAAACUGUUAGCUGCCAUUAUAUCAACAUAAUAACCAGCACAGUUCCAGACACAGCAGACGGGACGCUGCUGCAAACGCCCUCCAAUUACCCAGCACUGAUAACAUAAGUGACCCUUUUAACCAUAACACAAGUUACUCAAGUUAAAACCACAACGCCGCUUCCAGCUUUGUGUGUCUGUGUGUUCCUCUGUGGGCUGAGUGUUUGUGCGUGCUUCAUGCCAGCUCAGUAAUCGGAACAGAAACCCAGGAAAAAUGGGAUUCAGCGUGCUUGACUCCUGGGCUGAAUAGAUGGAGAUUUUUCAUUUAAACAAUCUGCCAGUGCUGCUUGUGAUGUGUCUGUCUGGCGAAGCCUCCUCUCCGAGCCCGCGUGCUCCUAAAAUGCAAUUUUACACAUCAUCUCGGCUCAAGGUGCACCCACAAUGCUCGGAGAAGUCUGCAUAUUUAAGGAGACAAUAACUCCUCUCUGAAUAUGGGGUUCUGGCAGUCACAGAGAGAAAGCAUUGAGAAUGAGUUUUCUGCAUAAGGAACUCUGCAGUGAUGGGACUUAGAAGAACUUGUUGUGCGCUGCAGAAACACAGACGUGCUGUCAAAGGAAGUGGUUCCUGUUUUUCCAUUUGCUUUUAUCCUUUUGUUUCACUGCAACAUCACACAUGUACAAUGUCAAGCACUGACGAAUACCUUUUGUUUUGUUUUCAUCAGUUUAAUAUUUCAUCCCAAACAAAAAAAAAAAAAACUGACUUGUCGGAUCAUUUGACUAAACCCCUUUUUCUGCAUGUGCCAUCUUUUAGGAUAAAUCCUUUCUAGAUCUUUUUUUAGGUUGCUAAAAGUGUGACACAGUAUGCAGACUGUUUCAUUUUGGCCGAUGUUUGAUAAAUGUGUAAAAAAAAAUAACCAGUGACAUUAAAAAGUAGCAGAUUUGAUGUCAUUUUAUUAGCUGUGUGGUGUUUUUUUUUUCAAAAACAGUCAUUUGUGAGAAAUCUUUCAUUCAAGUUUAGAAAUGACAUUUAAAACCCUUCAUUAAGUUGAAGUAAGAGCGACUGCUGAAGUUCUUCUGCAGAAGAAUACAACAAAAGUAAACCUAAAGUCUUACGAAUCAUCCUGGUGACAUCAAAAUAAAAGGAGCUCUUCAUGGAUGAAAACAUUCCUAGUCGUUUUUGUAUGUGAUUGUAUUAAAUCUCCCUCGUUAGGAUCAGGAGAUUAUUUGAUAAAUCAGAUAGGAAACACAUCCCAUCAUGUUUGUGCUCGUUCCCAUCACACUUUAGAUGACCGUGUGCUCAUAGUGAGGAGGUAGGGAUAUGAAGGGAAAGGUGCAGUUUCUUUUAUUUUGACGGUAAAAAGAUUAGCUCUAAAAAUGUCCUCGCUAACAGAGUCUUUUCAGUGUUUUUUUUUUUUUUUCUGCCUCUGCAGCCGUCACCGUUCACUGUUAAGUGUGACUGAACUAACCAGCAAUGUUUUGUUUCUGUCGACAAACCCUGUCUGACCGUGAGCUGCCAUGUCCCUGCCUACCUUCCAUGUUGUCAUUGUUUAUGCUGUAAUGUCUAAAAACAUUUAUAUUUGUAACACUUUAAGUUUAUUUUUAUUCUUGGUAACAAAACGAUGGUUAUGCAUACUCUCCUUCCAUAAUAUAUAUAUGUAAUGUAAUAUGGUACUGAGUUAUAGCCUCUUUGUUAUAUAAACUGAUUCUGAAAAA